AUCCACUCCCUAACCCACUCAUAUCUAUUUCUUUUUCACUUUUUCAACUCUCUUCUCUCCCUGCUUUCCACGUCAUCCCCUACCCUUUUUGCUACGGUACGCCCCUUUCUCUCCAACUUCAUCAGGCGCACGUUAGCUCCUACCACCAUCUAGUUUUUUUCUUCCUCGGAUUGAAAAUCCCAUUCCCAAGUACAAAAUACUCUCAUGGUUGAUCUUUUCUCACUACAGGGCCAGAAAAAAAUUCAGUUUUUUUUUUGUGUGAACUGCUAACUUGCGCCGCUUCUCCUAGGCUUUGAAUUUUGCAGGUGCCGCAACGAUCAGCAGAUAUGAACAAAUGGGCUUUGAAUAUCAUGUGUCUUGAUUGGGGUUGUGGUUGCAAGAUUUGAUUUUGAGCGAGGGUUUAGUGUUGAGUUGUUGUUUUUUCUAGUACAGGGAAGAAGGGUUACGAUGGAUGCCGAUACUGAGACUGAGGAAAUUAUUAAUUUGAACAAUAAAGCAAGUAACUGUGGUGGGAAUAAUAGUAAGAGUGGAGAUGGCUUUAUUGACAGAAGCAAAGUGAGGAUUUUGUUGUGUGACAACGAUUCCAAGAGUUCUGAAGAGGUUUUUACACUUCUUUUGAGGUGUUCUUAUCAGGUUACUUCAGUAAAAUCGGCUAGGCAAGUAAUUGAUGCACUGAAUGCGGAGGGGCAAUAUAUAGACAUGAUACUAGUUGAAGUUGACCUUCCGGUGAAGAAAGGCAUGAAGUUGUUGAAGUACAUAGCAAGGGAUAAAGAAUUAUGCCGAAUCCCUGUUAUAAUGAUGUCUGCACAAGAUGAGGUAUCCAUUGUUGUAAAGUGCUUGAGGCUUGGGGCAGCAGAUUACCUAGUAAAGCCUUUACGCACAAAUGAACUAUUAAAUUUGUGGACACACAUGUGGAGAAGGAGACGCAUGCUUGGACUUGUGGAGAACAACAUCUUGAAUUAUGAGUUUGAACUGGUAGCAUCAGAUCCAAGUGAUGCCAAUACAAACAGUACCACCUUGUUCUCUGAUGAUACAGAUGACAAGUCCAAAAGAAGCACUAAUCCAGAGACCGUAGUAUCAAUCCAACAAGAAGAAGAGGUUAAUAUUGCCGCCGCCACCAAUGUUGUGGUGGAGCUUCCCAGUGCUCUUGUCUCAGAAUAUCAGCCUGAUGUGCCUGGAAUAAGUGAUCGCAGAACAGGUACUCCAAUACAGCAUCCAUCAUGCAGCAGAACUAAUAUUGGACAUUUUUCAUCUGGUCCAAAGAAGAGUGAACUGAAGAUUGGAGAGUCAUCAGCCUUUUUCACCUAUGUCAAAGCAACAGCACUGAAAAGCAACAUUGAAGAGACUGCUCAUGUUGACAAUACUACUACAGAAGUUAGGGUGAAACAUGUGAAUCAAGCAUGUGGUGAACAGGAUGGUAAUGACCUAAAUACACAUGAAAAUGGAGAAAUGUUUGAAAAUCAUUCACAAGAUGACUUACCCAGCAGCAACAGUAUCCAUGAUUCUUUUUCUAUUGAGAGAUCUUGUACUCCACCUGCAUCUGUGGAAGUUUCUCAGCAAAAGCAUUACAGGGAAGAACGUUCUCGGGGAGUAAUGCAUCCAAUAAAUGGAAGUCACGGUUCCGAUCCUGCUCAACAUGCUUAUCCAUAUUGCAUUUCAGGAGUUGUUAAUCAUGUUAUGAUGCCAUCAUCAGCACAAAUGUAUCAAAAGAAUAUCCAGGACCUGCAAAGUCAUUCUGGUUCUUCCGUGAUUGCACAGUACAAUCAUCUUCCCCAAUGUCCUCCUCAAGCAAGUGGGAUGACAUCCUUCCCAUAUUAUCCAAUGAGCAUUUGCUUACAACCUGGUCAGAUUUCUACAACUCAUUCUUGGCCAUCGUUAGGAAGUUCAAGUUCAUGUGAAGUGAAAUCAAGCAAGGUUGAUAGGAGAGAAGCAGCACUGAUGAAGUUUAGACAGAAAAGGAAAGAACGCUGUUUUGAUAAGAAAAUUAGGUAUGUCAACAGAAAACGGCUUGCAGAAAGGCGGCCUCGUGUGAGGGGACAGUUUGUGAGAAAGUUGAAUGGUGUUGAUGUGGAUCUUAAUGGACAACCUACUUCCACUGAUUAUGAUGAAGAGGAGGAAGACAACCAUGUAGCAAGAGAUUUCUCUCCUGAGGAUGCUUGAGAAUCUCAAAUUGUAAGUUUGACCAAAAGGCUGAAGGACCACCAAUGAAUUUCUUUCUGCAGUGAAAUUGUCCUGUGGAGGACUUGUUAGUGCUCCUGAUCUUGAUGGAAAAUUCAUGUAACAAUAUUAGUGGAUGUGCACGUUCUGUCAAUGUGAAGGGUCUGGUAUGCUGUUCCUAUUCAACUCUGCACCAUUCUUAUCAAAACUAGUUCAAACAAAAUCUUGAUGGGGUCUCAAAUUUCACUCUGUCAAAUGAAAGUUCCAUAUAUCCUCCUCAAGGUGUACCUGUGCAGGUCUUACUCAAGUGGUUGAAAGUAAUACACUUUUGUUUAAUCAAAACUUUUGGAACCAUUUUCUUAAAUUUACUGUCAAACAAAUUUUGCAACCAGCUCUCGUAAUAUUACUAUGUAAAAGUGUUGUGUUAUUAAGCUAGUUUAUGGAGGAAAAAUCCAAGUGUGAAUGUGGCUGGUGAUGAUUUUUUAUGAUGGUGGUUUGUUGUAGUAAUCUAAAUACCUGUAUAGUUUGUAGCUAUUUACCCACUCAAGUGGAGAGUUGGAGGUAUAACAAAACCUCUGGGUAAUGUUACUAUUUAGACUAUUUCA